AUGAAGCGUUCUAUCGGUGACAUAGGUGAGAAACUGCAGGCAAAGAAACCCGUAUUUCUCAGUAAAUCAGAGCGAGAACAAUUAGCCCUCAAGCGUCGCCAAGAUGAAUUUGAAGAACGGAAGCGCCAAUCCGGCCAGCUUCUCCUCCAGAGCAACCGUAAUUCUUCCUCCUCUAAACCCCCUCCAUCGUCCGACGACGCUUCCCGUAACAACCGGUCCUCUCGUGAUUACGAUCGUGACUGUUAUCGCCGUGACAGAGAUAGAGAUACGGACAGGGAACGGGAGAGGGAAAGGGAACGCGAUUCUGAGCGGCGGAACCGCGAUAGACAACGUGAUGAAGAGAACAAGGCUAGGGAAAGAGCUUGUUUAGAGAAGCUUGCAGAGCGAGAGCGCGAGAAGGAGCUUGAUGCCAUCAAGGAGCAGUACUUGGGAUCGAAGAAACCUAAGAAAAGGGUUAUUAAACCCAGCGAUAAGUUCCGUUUUUCCUUCGAUUGGGAGAACACCGAGGACACUUCUCGUGAUAUGAAUAUUCUCUAUCAAAACUCUCACGAGGCUCGUCUUCUGUUCGGAAGAGGUUUCCGCGCUGGCAUGGAUCGCAGGGAGCAGAAAAAAUUAGCCGCAAAGAACGAGAAAGAGUUGAGAGACAAGAUUAGGAAGAAAGAUGGGAUUGAGGAAAGGCCAGAAGAGGCUGCUGCCAUGUACGAUACAUUCGACAUGAGAGUGGAUCGCCACUGGUCUGAGAAGAAACUAGAGGAAAUGACAGAGAGAGAUUGGAGGAUCUUUAGGGAAGAUUUCAACAUAUCUUACAAAGGUUCCAGAAUUCCCAGGCCUAUGAGGAGUUGGGUUGAAAGUAAACUGAGCAAUGAGCUAUUGAAAGCUGUUGAGAGGGCUGGUUACAAGACCCCAUCUCCCAUUCAAAUGGCUGCCAUUCCUCUUGGUCUCCAGCAAAGAGAUGUGAUUGGGGUUGCCGAGACUGGUUCAGAGAACUCGCACAGCAAAUUGAGGAAGAGACUGAAGUUUGCAAAUUAUCUAGGCAUCAAAGUUGUUUCCAUUGUUGGUGGACGUUCAAUUGAUGAUCAAGCAUUUAAGAUUAGCCAAGGGUGUGAAGUUGUGAUUGCUACACCUGGGCGUCUUAAGGAUUGCCUGAAGAGCCAAUAUGCUGUUCUAAACCAGUGUAAUUAUGUUGUUCUUGAUGAGGCUGACCGUAUGAUUGACAUGGGUAUGGAGCCCCAAGUUGUAGAGAUUCUGGAUGCAAUGCCAUCAAGCAACUUCAAACCCGAGAAUGAAGAUGAAGAACUUGAUGAGAAAAGAAUCUACAGAACCACUUAUAUGUUCAGUGCCACCAUGCCUCCAGCUGUGGAGAGACUAGCCAGGAAAUACUUGAGAAACCCCGUUAUUGUUACAGUUGGAACUGCAGGAAAGGCAAACGAUCUCAUUACACAACAUGUUAUGAUGGUAAAGGAAUCAGAGAAAAUGCCUAGGCUUCAAGAAUUGCUUGAUGAACUUGUGGAUAAGAAAGUCAUUGUUUUUGUUAACACUAAAAUAACCGCUGACCAUGUAUCCAAGAAACUGGAAAAGUCAGGUUACUGUGUGACAACGUUGCGUGGUGGCAAGUCACAAGAACAGAGGGAAACGGGUCUUGAAGGUUUCAGGACAAAAAGAUUCAAUGUAUUAGUUGCCACUGAUGUUGCAGGGCGUGGGAUUGAUAUACCUGAUGUGGCUCGUGUGAUAAACUAUGACAUGCCUGGAAAAAUUGAAAUGUAUACUCAUCGAAUAGGGCGUACAGGUCGUGCAGGGAAGACAGAUGCUGACACAUAG